AUGCGCAUCGACGCCGCUCCACUCUCCCUGCUCCUGGCGCUCGCCGCGCGGGCGGAACUCGCCCACACGCCCUCCCCCGAGGCGCCGCUCCCUCUCUGCCGAGCGGGACCGCUCCUUCUUCCCCUUGCCGCGCGGAUUCGGCGCCUGCCAUGCUCGAUGGCUCAUCUCUGGCCCGCCCAGCUCCUGCCGUCCGGAGCUCUCCGUGCGCCGCCCUUCCUCGUGGGGAUCGUCUCGACCGCGCGAUUGGCCUCUAAUUCCGCGACCGCCACCGGGCUCGUCUCCGCUUGCGCUUCCGUCGGCUCGGUUUCCGCACCGCCCGUUCCUCUUGUUCGUGCCUCAUUCGCCCCUUCUAUCCUUGCCUCCUCGUCUGACCGUCCCGAUCCUUCCUCCUCGUCCUCCGCGCCCUGCUCCGGCGUCUCUUCUCGAACUGCAUUGCGCGGCGAGUUCUCUCCGCGAGCAACGCUACCGCCGCUCCCUCCUUGUCCGCGAGACCGCUCGCCGAAUGCCAACCACCGCCCUCUCUCGUCGCGACGUCGUCCGCGCUCCUCCGGGGAGCGGAACACCCUUCCGCCGGGGUGGUUUCCGCCCUCCGUGCCAGGUCCGCGUCCGCUCUCCUGGAGCCACGCAUUUCGAUCUGCGCGUUCAGCAUGUCCUUCGUCAUUCCCUCGUGUAUCUGCUACUCGACCAUCCCUCAUAGCACGGACCCGAUCGGCGCAGAAGGCGGGACGGCGCGGCGAUCGCUCCAUGGAUCGCCCACGCUCUCGUGACGGCUCUCGGCGCUCCCGCUCCUCCUCCCGUCGGCUAUACGCCCUACCCCAGCGCAACUCUGUCGUGCCAUCCUCCAUCAACUCGUCCAUGCUCAUCGCCACACAUCUAUGUGAGCACGCCCCACCUCACUGCCUGCAAUCAACAUUGCCCAUGUUGCGCCACCAGUUUUAUUGA